AUGUCUGGAUUCAGUUUUGGAGGACAGUCUUCGGCGCCGAGCGGCGGGUUCUCAUUUGGAAAUAACAACGCCAGCACGAACACCAACACGGGUAACACCGGCGGCGGGUUUUCGUUCGGAAACAAUGCGUCGACUGGGUUUGGCAACACGGGUGGUUUUUCAUUAGGUGGAAACACCACGCAAAACGCUUCCACGCAGAACGCUUCCUCGGGGACCACAGGCUCCACGGGAAACACAGGUUUUAUGUUUGGGAACACUGCCAACACCAACACCGGCACCGCAGCGCCAAGCACACAAGGCAAUCUUUUUGGUAACACCAACAGCUCUGGCACAGGCCAGAGCUUAUUUGGCAACAACAGCAAAGCACAGUCCACAACAGGAUCGAAUCUCUUUAGCGCAAAUAACCAAAGCGGAACGACUGGUGGCGGAUUUUCGUUUGGAGCCAACACCGGGUCCAAUACGGCCACCACUGGAGGUACUUCCUUGUUUGGUGGUAAUUCUCAGCCUGCUCAACAGACUCAGAACACGCAGCCCGCACAGAGCCAGCCCGCUUUUAAUUCCCAGCCGUCCUUUGCAUGGUCGACUCAGCAAUCGCAGCAGCAAAGUUUGCAUCCGAUGGUUGUUGAGGCACAGAAAGUCAACCAGCAGCAAAAUCAACAGCAGAACGGGUACACGCCGACAAUUGCAGACCAGCUCACCAAAGUGAAGAACUCAUGGGAUGCAAACUCAAAUCAAUGUCUGAUGAAGACGUUUGUGUACAACAAGGUGCCGCAGGAGUAUAACAACUACGAGCGGCCUGCCGACGAGUCUGCUGAGGACUGGGAGAACGCGAUGAAAUUGCGUCCGCGCGGCUACAACACGCUGCCAGUUAGAAUCAAGGGAUUUGAGGACUUACUGAACAGAUCCAAUUUACAAAUAGAACAUAUUCGCAAGUCGAGGAUUCUUCUCAAUAACAUCAACUCGAACCUGGUGAAUCUUGGCGACAAACAUGAUUUGGACUCAUUGAACAGACUGACACGGUGCAAGAUCAAGCAGAAACAGCUGGAUCUCAAACUGCUGAGAAUUGCCAUCAAUCUGACGGUGCUAAAAUAUAAAGGCUACCAGCUAACCAAUGACGAAGAAAAAUUAAUAUCGCAGUUUAAAGAGCUGGUCAAGUUAGUGGACGACCCAAUAGGUCUGAACAGAUCAAAUGAGCUGUGGGCCAGACUCAGCAACUUGAAGCAGAGACUCAUCAACCUGAACAUCAGCUUGGACAACAUUGAUGCGUCGAUGGCGGUUGCUACCAACAGUACUGUGUCGAAGUCGCAUGUUUCGAACGACGAGCAGGUGAUCAGCAAGCUUGUCAGCAUUCUUUCCAAGCAGCAACAGGGCAUACAAUUCCUGUAUGACUUAAUUGAGAACGAUAAGGAGGUGGUCAACAAGCUGGCUAAAUAG